UAUAUCGGGCAUCUGAAAGAUGAAUAUGGAAGGGAGCUCGUUGCUUGUCAACAUUAACGUGCUAUUUUUUGCUAAAAGUCGCGAGCUAGCAAAAACUUCACGUGCAGAAUUUACUGUGGAAUCUGUGAUCAAAGCAGGAAACUUGCUGAAUCAAUUAAUUGAUUCUUUUAACUUGAAUACAAUAAGUAAUAAUUUGAUCAUAGCUCACAACGAAAACUAUAUUGAAAAUCUGGACACAGAGAUACAUUUACAUAAAGGAGACGAAAUUGCUGUGAUUCCGCCGAUAAGUGGAGGAUAACGUAGAAAAUUCACCAUGG